UGCUCUUGAAAUGUAUAAUAUUAUAUAAGAAAAGGGGCAUAUGAAGUUCUAGAUGCAGGAACCAUAAUUUUUAGUAUCAUAUUCCAAGCAUUUUUGGUAAAAAAGGCUUCUAAAUCCAUACACAACAGAAACUCUGUGCCAUCAUCUUGAAGCAUGGAAGAUCAUGGACAGAACCCAAGGAAAAGACACAAUGUUUUUGGUGUGUUCGUGGAUAAAUCACUUGGUCUCCCAUCUUCCGUUGCAGAUGAUCAUGAUCCCAAGAAGCUUAAACACAAUUCUGAAGCCCCUUUAUCAUCAAUAGAUCAACAAGCACCUGCCUUAGCUCUUCCCAAUGCGUUGGUUUCUGCUUUUGAGGAGAACACCACAGAUGGUAUCAAAUUUCAACUAUUUGUGAGCAAAUCUUACAGUGCAUCCACUUCCACUUCCCCUCCACCAGUAUAUACAUUGAAAGUCACAAGUGCUUCAAACACCAAUACGGAAAUUGAACCUGCAGGGAACAUAGGUGAUGGAGGAGUAGCACCAGUGUUGACAGAAACAAGAAUAGUAGCUGAGGGUCAAUUUAUGCUACGCUCUAGGCUCUAAUAUUUUGCUUUCAAGCUUAGCCAAGUACUUCAUCUGAGGCAGUGUUCAUUUGAGUGCGUUAAUGCAAUGAGUAUGGUAUUGCUCCAAAUUGCAUUUGCACGAUGCAAUACUCUCCGAUACAACUACUACAUUUUUCAGUCUUUGUUUUCUGUUUGCUUACUCUAAGAAAAUAUGGAUGUAUAGAGUAAGAAAUGUUCUGUUCUCAUAUCAUUUUUGAAUCUGGAACUUAUAAUAGUCAAUUGAAAUGUAUUGCCAAAUUUACAUUUAUUAUUACUGUAAUUGUUGAGAUGAAACCUGGUGGCAUAGUUACCCAUCACAUAACAUUUAUUGGGUUAAGAAAGAAGAAUGUUUGAUAC